UCGAUCUCCAUGUCGCAUCCUCUCCCCCCGCCGUUACCCCCGCACCUCGGAUCGCACACCAUCCUGAAGUCGACCAAAGACCGCAGCAUCUGGAACACCUCCACGCAGGAAGAACGCGAGAACAUCAAGACUUUCUGGCUGGAGUUGGGCGAGGAGGAACGGCGACAGCUGGUCAAGGUGGAGAAGGACGCGGUGCUGAAGAAGAUGAAGGAGCAGCAGAAACAUUCGUGCAGCUGCACCGUGUGCGGGAGGAAACGGACGGCCAUUGAAGAGGAGUUGGAAGUGCUCUACGACGCUUACUACGAGGAGCUGGAACAGUACGCCAACAACAACCAAGGGUCGUUCGAAAAGGGCGCCCCGAUGAUCCCGCCCCCUCGGCUCUACCACCCUCCUCUACGGUCGCCUGGUCACCAUACGCGCACGCAAGGCCAAUACCACCCUUCCCGGGGCCGGAUCCAUGAGUUACCGGAGGAUGACGAAGACCUGGAAGAGGAGGAGUACGACGAGGAUGACGAGGACGAGGAACCGUACAGCGACGACGAAUACGAAGACGAGGAAACCCGUGCGGCUCGCGCAGAUUUCUUCGCCUUUGGGAACAGUCUGACUGUUAAAGACGGAAUCCUUACGGUUGCAGACGAUCUGUUGAAGAAUGAUGGGAAGCAUUUCAUUGACAUGAUGGAACAACUGGCCGAGCGUCGAAUGCAGCGGGAAGAGGACACACAGUAUGGCAUCGCGGCAGCACAUCAAACCCUCCAUAGCGGUCACAAUCACGGGCCCCUGGAUGAUGAAGACUAUGACGAUGAAGAGGAUGAAGAUUACGAUAGUCAAGAAGAAGAAGAUUACGAGGAAGAUGAAAUGGAUGCGAUGACGGAAGAGCAACGCAUGGAAGAGGGCCGGCGAAUGUUCCAGAUAUUUGCCGCGCGCAUGUUCGAGCAGCGCGUGCUGACGGCCUACCGAGAAAAGGUCGCAGAGCAGCGUCAGCAGAAACUGAUUGAAGAGCUGAUGGAGGAGGAAUCGCGGAAUGAGCAACGAAACGCCAAGAAGGCUCGCGAGGCAGAGAAGCGCAAGGAGAGGAAGCGGCUUCAGAAGCUGGCCAAGGAGGAGGAAAAGGCACGCCGAGAGGCCGAGAAGGCGGCGGAGGAGGCGGCGGCCAAGGCGGAGCAGGAGAAGAAGCUCGAGGAACAGCGAAAGAAACGCGAGGAGCAACGGAAGAAGCGCGAGGCGGAGCGGAAGGCCCAGGAAGCGGAACGUGCCCGCAAAGAGGCCGAAAAGCAACGACGACUGCGCGAGGAACGCGAACGACAGGCAGAGGCGGAACGCAAGCAGCGGGAGCAGAAGGAGCAAGAGAAGAAGCGGCGCGAGGAAGCACGGCAAAAGGAACGUGAGGAGCGCGAACUGCGGGAGAAGCUGAUCAAGGAGGAACGAGAGCGCAAGGUUCGGGAGGAACAACUUCGGAACGUUGCAGCCAGCGAGGCUCAGCACGCCAAACGCACCUCGCAUCCCGGGCUGAUGCCUCUCUCCGCCAAUGUGAACCACCCCCAAGGUCUGGGUCCGGGCCAGUUCCAGUCGCCGCACUUCUCAACGACUGCCCCAGUAGUGCCCCAGGCGCCCACGCCGUCAAGACCCCGGCAGACGUCCCAGCAGGGCUCCCAUAGCUCGUCGCCUCGGUCCCAGCCGGCUAGCACCGAACCAUCGCAGGUCUCCAUCUCCCCUCGUUCGAUGGCGCCGUCUCAGUCGUCCGGAGCCUCGAGCGUUACGUCCAAACAGGGCCAUGGACAGCAGCCUAUGCUUCAUCAUCCUCAGCCGUCAACCCCCUUGUCACCUCUUGGAUCUUUAGGUCGAUCCCAUCCGCCCGGGUUCUCGCCGUCCCAUCCGCCUGGCUUGGGCCUGGUCUCUAGAGCUCCUAUCGGCCAUGAGUUACCUACCUACCCGCCACACUCAGGACCGCUUCUCAAUCAGCUGCGAGGAUUCCCUGCGCCCAAUGGAAUCCCGAUUCCUAUUGGGAUGAAUGGCUCUCGCCCUAUCCCCCCUGGACGAGGAUUCCCACUGGAUCCUGGGCACGGUUUGCCAUUCCAUAGUCAACAGCCCAUGGCCAGUGCAUUCUCUGGGCAGGCGAGUGGUUUGUCUCAUGCUCACUCCCGACAGCCUUCCAGCUCGUUUGAGCGAUCACCUCUCGAAGCGCAUGCUCAACCGUCUCCUAUCACCCGCCCCAGCCCCAUUAAACGCCCUUCCAGCACGCAACAAGACCCGAACAACGCCCGUCGCAGUCAGCAUGAUGUGGACGAUCUGAGUGCGCAGCUCGGUAGCAGUGCGCUCCUGGACGAUACGGACAUUCCGUUUGCGUCGCACCUGUCCCAGUCACUUCCCGGGGCAACACUUCCGGGUUCCCUGCCCGGGCCAACUCGCGCUAGCUUUGCGGCCCCGUCGCUGUUCCCAGACCCUCUCAUUGCCAAGCACAGUGCUUUCCCGGCCAGCCCUAGCCUCGGGGGUACGUGGGGGUCACAAAUACCUUUCGGCACCUCGCCCUUCCCCGGGGGUACGACAUGGGGAACUGGACCUGGGAGUGGCUGGUCUAGCAACGCGUUCGGGCCCGCAGUGCAUCAUCGAGCGCACACCUCUCGACCUGUGACGAUCCGACUGCUGGUGAUCCAAGCCUGUAAACAGCUCAACAUGAUGAGCCCCUCUAAGGGCGGCGGCGGCUACCACGACGUGAAUGUCGUCCUGCGGCAAGUGGAGCAGCUCCAAUCCCCGACCGAGCCGGCGAUCUCGCUGAAGGAGAUCCUCGACAUCUGCGACACGGAAGGCAACACGCAAAACGGCGGCGGGUCGUUCUCGAUCAAGAGCGACGAGACGGGGGAGUAUGUCAAAUUCGAACCGGACACCAACAGUGCCGCCUCAGGUCACAGGGGUAGCAUUGUCCCUGGCGAGAUCGGCAGUCCCAUCCCCAGUAGCAGUGUCCCGGCCGCCGCCUUCAGCGGGACGGUGCCGGGGACUGGGAUUGGGAUUGGGACGGCCAAUAACCCUCCCUCGGUGCUACGGCAAUACACCUCCCCUCCGACCGGGUUCUAGGCGUUUUGUUUCUGUUUGUUGUUCGAGAACCUCUUGUCGUGCUGUAUGUUUGUGGGCAAGACGAAAGGCGUUUAUUGUUGUUUUCGACCCAUGUCCGAUACUCCGUACUGUACCUCAUUUGCAUCCUCAUCCUCAUGACUUCAUCAUUUCAUCACUUGAUCACGUAAAGCGUCGUGUUGUUCAAUCUGUUUGUUUCCCUGUUGUCCUUCUGUCUUACUCUCCGAGACAAACCUUACCUACCUUUGUUACGAUGGACUAAAUAUCCCCCCCUAUCCCGACCCUGAAUUCCUACCCUCACAAACCCUCCCACUGGGGUGACAUGCCACUCUGUCUAAUC